UUUUAGACUCGGUAAGAAACCUGAAAGAAAAUAUCAAAGAAAGCAUGCACAUCGACAAUGAGGAUGCUCUCUUCGAUUGGCUCUCUGAUGAGCUCUCGCCAAUAACUGACGCUGAUCCAAAUGCUCUCGCGAAAUACGUGUUGGCUUUAGUCAAGAAACCGGAUAAGGGACAUGAUGAGCUGAAAGCAUUUACCAAUGAACAGUUAAAUGUGUUUUUAACAGACCAUACUGCUCCAUUCGUCGACAAAGUCUUCGAAGCACUCACAAGCAAAAGCUAUAUGCCGGCAUCAACAGCGCCUACCUCUGCUUCAGCAACUGCGCCUGAUCUUAAAAAAGAAAAGGCACCAGCUGAGAAGCCAUCGAAACCUACAGCUCCACCGGGUGUUCAAAAGUCAAGCAGCUCUCCUUCAGCCAGCAAAGCCGAGUCCCGCCCAUUGCGCAAGCGAAUUAGUCCACCUCCAUCGGAAAAUCGAGAAAAGGAGAAGCAGUCUCGUGACAAGGAACGCCGUCGUUCACGGUCCCCAAGAGAUCGUCGAGGCCGCGCGACUACUUCAAGAAGUGGGCGUACUUCAUCAAGUGAUCGUGAUCGUCACAGCAAACGUCGUUCUCGAUCCAGAUCACGAUCAUCCAGUGGCUCAAGAACUCCACCAUACAAAUCAAGAAGCAGUCGUCGUCGUUGUAAGGAUUUCGAGGAACGUGGAUAUUGCAUUCGCGGAGAUCAGUGUCCAUACUAUCACGGUCGUGACCCGGUUGUAGUUGAUGAGAAUGCACUUGGGUCAAUGGUUCCACUCCCGGCUACCGCUCCUAAUUUCUCUCUGCCUCCACCCGGAUACAAUCCGCUCAAUCCACCUCCACCAGGAGUCGUCGUUGCCGCUGGUGAAUACAACCCUGAAGCUCCUGCUCUCAACAAUUACAGUAUACCACCACCGCCGAUCCCUGGACAAUGGCAACAACCACAUGUAGCUGCACAAUAUGUUCCCCAAUCUGUUUCUUCUUACUCUCAGCCACCACCCGCCGCUGCUCAAGGAGUUGUUACUCAGCCGGGUUCUUUCCGUGGAGCACCACGUGGAAGAGGAAACAUUAGAGGUCGUGGUGGAUUUGCCCGUGGAGGUUUCACUGGAGCGAUCAAUAGAGAUAACUGUACUCUUCAAGUUGCCAAGAUUCCACCAGAGAUGAACACGAUCGCAAAGCUCAAUGAACAUUUUGCCACAUUUGGAACUGUCGAUAAUAUCCAAGUUAGAUAUAAUGGAGAAAUCGAUUCAGCUCUGGUUACUUAUGCUUCCAAAUUUGACGCUGGCAAAGCUUACAAGUCUCCAACUCCAGUUCUCAAUAAUAGGUUUAUUAAAGUAUUUUGGCAUAAUCCUGGAGGCGAAGGAUCCGAAAACGCAACUGGAAAGCCGUCAUCUCCAACUUCUCCACCAAAACCUGUCGAAAAGCCGAAGAUUGCCACAGUGCAAGAAUCAAAAUUUGUCAGUGUUGCUGCUCAAAACUAUCGGAAGCAGAUCCAGGAUGCUAAAGAACGAUUAACGAAAGAGAAGAGUAUUUUAUCGACGCUAGUUCAGGCUCAGAAUCAGCAUAAUAUUAUUCUUGACAAGUGGAUGGUUAAACAGAAGGAGUUGCUCAUCAAGGCGAGAACGUCUACUGAUGAAACUGAUAAGAAGAAUGCAACCAAAUUGGUCAAACAUCUGCAUAAAAAAAUAAAGGCAUGCAAGGAAGAAGUCGACGGAAUCCUGCUCAAAAUAUCAGAAAAGUCAAUGGUGGUUGAUGAGAUUGCAGCCCAAAUUGAAGAGCUUAAAAAUCCACAAAAAUCGGACGAUUCGACCCGGAAGCGAAAAGCAGGAAGCGAUGGAGACGAGCCCCAAUCUAAAAUGAGCAGUGUUGUCAUCGUUCGAGGUGUAACAGAUGAAUUGGUCACUGAUUUGAUGGCACAUAUGGAGAAGUUCGGUGAGGUUUUUGAUCACAGUGUUAAAGCCGACGACGAUGGUCUCAUAACAGCCGUUUUUCCGUUUAGAAAAACAGGUGAUGCGUUGAAAGCAAUGGCGGAUGGCAAAGUUCUGAAUGGUGUGGACCUCGAGAUGGAAUUGAAGACGGAGCGAAUCGAGGAGAUCCCUUCAACUGAUACGAACAUGUCUGCCGACCAGUUGCUCGCUGCAAUUCCGAGCAAUCUUGAGAUUUCAGUCUGACGAAGAAGAUGACCUGCUAAAUGAUUAGUCCUAGUUAUAUUAGAACUUUGAUCUCAAAAUAUUGUCUUGGUGAUCUUACUCGUUGUUUCCAAAUGGUUACUUUUCUAGUUAUCUGGCUGGUUAGCCUAUUUAACCUCAGAUUUACCUCAAUUUUUCUUCCCGUUUAUUAUUGUUGCCUAUCAGAAACUGUUUCGAUUUUUUCUAUUGUAUAUCCAUUAUAAUUUAUCACAUUUCCUCUCUUAUCAUUCUUUAAUUGUCUUCAGUUUAACUGCCCAUUUGGCAAUACUUUUUCAUCUUCAUUUUUUAUUGUUCUUGGCUAAGAACUUGUCAUGUGAUCUGUUCAGAAUCGCAAUGAUUAUUGAUUUUUACCUGAUUCCUUGACAAGUUCCCAUUAUUUUUUCGUUCAUUUUUGUUGUUUGCAUUAUUUCUAUCGAUAUAUCUCAUUGAUGAAAAAGCCAGCAAAAAAGAGCAAAAGAGAGCAAUAACUCCACUAAAUGAGAAAAAUAAAGUAAAAGAAUACAUAAUGGCUGUGAUCUCGAAAAAAAAUCAGCGAAAGAAUAAAAGACGGGCCACUGAAAAGUGAACGAGUACAAAAAGAGCCCCUCCCGAGUGACGAGUAAAAAACGAGUUAAUUUUCAAUAAAACACAGGUAUUUUUGCGGAAACCGGUGUGUUUUCGUCGUAUUUAGCCGUGAAUUGCCAGAAAAUAAAUGAUUUUAAUUUUUUU